UGUUUCUCAACUUAGCACGUCCAGUAUCUUUUUUAAAGUGGUUGAAAAUUCUGUAGUUGAAUUUGUUUACAUAUUUUAAUAACCUCAAAGAUGUCCAAAGUAUUAAUAAAAAAGGCGCCACGAAAAAAAGGGGCUAAUGGAUACAAAUUACCAGAUCCUAUUCCAAAAGGUGAAAUAAUGACGGAUUUGAAAAAACAGCGUUGGAUUAUUAGUUCUUCUAUUGGUGUUGGUGGGUUUGGAGAAAUUUAUGCUGCUGCAUCUUACAAAGAUAAAAUACCUUCUGAAUAUCCUGCUGUGAUUAAAAUUGAACCACACGGAAAUGGUCCCCUGUUUGUUGAAAUGCAUUUUUAUAUGCGAAAUGCAAAUCCAAACGAUAUUAGUACUUGGAAAAAAGAAAAAAAACUUCAAUAUCUUGGAAUGCCACCAUUUCUUGGUUCAGGUAGUCAUGAAUAUAAUAAUGAAAAAUAUCGAUUUAUUGUUAUGGAACGUUAUGGAACAGAUAUUUGGACAUUGUUUUUGGAAAAUGGAAGAAAAUUUUCAGAACAUACAGUGUAUAAAGUAGCUUGGCAAAUUAUAAAUGUGCUGGAGUACAUUCAUAGCAGAACUUAUGUGCAUGCUGAUAUAAAAGGAGCAAACUUAUUACUAGAUUUGAAAACACAGAAUCAUGUAUUUUUAGUUGAUUUUGGUUUAGCAUCACAUUUUACUACAAAAGAAGAAUAUAAAUUAGAUCCAAAAAAAGCCCACAAUGGUACUAUAGAAUACACUAGUAGAGAUGCUCAUAUGGGAGUACCAACUAUGAGAGGGGAUUUCGAAAUAUUACUUUACAAUAUGAUUCAGUGGUUAUCUAGCUCUUUACCAUGGGAAAAAAAUUUAAAAGAUUUAUCUUUAGUUCAACAACAAAAAGAAAAGGCAUUUAACAAUGUGCAGAAAUUCUUGAAUGAAUGUUUUAUAUCUGAACCUCCAGUGCCUAUUUGCCAAUUUAUGUCAUUAAUAGCUUCCAUGAAGUUUAAUGAAAUUCCAAAUUAUAAUAAAUUUAGAGAUAUAAUUGUAAAGGGCUUACAGAAGCUUAAUUAUACAUUAAAUAGUAAAUUAGAAUUUUCUAUUAAAAAAACUGACAAGCCAUCAUCAAUGCAAAGGAAAUCUAAAGUUAAUAUUGGUGAAAAUAAAAAUGUUAAUAGAAAAUUAAAGUCUGUUUCAUCUAUCAAAAAUGCAAAGGAAACGAUAAAUUCAACACAAAUAAAUUCUCUCGACAACAGUAUUGAUUCAAUCAUUUUAGAUGAAAAAUGUAUAAGUGGAAAAGAUAUUAAAAAGCAAUUGUUAGCCAAUAUUGAUGGCGAUGCUGAAUAUGAAGUACAAAUUAAAAAAAGAAAAGCUAGAAUUAACCAGAGAAAUGGUGAAACAAUAAUAAAACCAACCGCAAAAAGAAGUAGAAAAAAAUUGACAAAACGAGAAGAUAUAUCUAUAACAGAUUCCGAACCUGAAGUAAUACCAAUAACGAAAGGAACAAGAUCUCGACCCGGAUUUAGAACUUUAAAAAAUCAUAAAAAAAAUGAAACUCAUAAACAAAUACUAAAUGGAUCAGAAUAUGAUAGUGAAAAAGAUAUAUUCGAAGAAAGUUAUGAUGACUAAAUUGUAUUUAAAUAUUAAAUUGAAAAAAGUAAAAUAAUUACUUAUUUAAA